CCUCCCGCCACCAUGUCCAACCUCGACCAUCUCACCCGCGCUCACCAGGCCGUUGCAGCCAAACGGCGCGCCAAGAAGAAUCAGGUCAAGGAGAUACUUUUCGAUGAUGCCGCACGCAGGGAGUUCCUAACCGGCUUCCACAAGCGAAAAGUGGUAAGGACAGAUGCAGCGCGCAAGAAGGCGAUGGAGAAGGAGAAGCAGGCGCGAUUGGAAGCGCGACGCGAGCAACGGCAAAUUCUCAGGGAGCAAGCCGCCGAAAAUGCGGCGAACGUUGAGGCCGCAUACGGAGCCUUGAUAAAUGGCGAAGAUGCUGAUGAGCUGCCUACCCUCGGACCGUCAGGACGCGCAAAGGGCAAGCAAAGAGAAGAGUUCGAGGACGAGGAGACACUAGCGACUGUCACUGUCGUCGAGGACUUUGACCCCGACACGCUCAUCCACGGCGCACCCGACGAAGCUCGCGAGCGACAAGCACCUGCCGCGGCCUCUACGUCAAAGCUACCCGCCAAAUUGAAGCCAGCCGUGAAGAAAACUGCAAUUAAGAAAGCGAUGAAGCCGAAGAAGAUCAAGUACGAGACGAAUGCCGCGCGCAAGGCCCAGACGGCCAAGCAGCGCAAGAGGCAUACGGAGAAGGCGGAGCUGGCGGGAGGCAAGCGCGCUCAGAAAAACAAGAAGCGGCGUUGACUGCCCUACCGCCGGCUUCUUGACCCCGAUAGCUCAGCGCACGGCAGUCAUCGCGCUGGAGGCACUAUCGUCGUGCUUAGCACCAUGCGAGAAUGUCUACUAUAGCACUCUCAAGCUGGAUCCUUGACGAUGGAAGAGUGGCCAUACUGGUCGAGUGACGACUUCACCUCAAGCCCUGGGCCGAAUCGGCAGUGUCGACCUUGGGACGCUGCCGCACUCGUGGCGUCUGCUAUGGAUAUGAAAGGCACAUGAGAGAUAACUUCACGUAUAGGAUAGCCUGGACUACGAUUCGCGCCCUGCGUUGAGAGCAUAUCAACCAAUCUCUUGUGGUGGAA